AGUAAAUGGGAAACCACCAAAAAAUAGCUCCAGUUCAAGCAAGAGCUUCGAGUGUCCGUUGAGCUCGCGGCGGCGCUGAAGAGCGGUGAAGGCCCUAGAUCCUCCAUCUCGUCGGCUGCAAUCUUCGCUGGUCGUCGGACUUUGGUGAGAGAAGGAAAGAAAGAGGCUCUGGAGAGGGAAAAAUAUGGAUUACAGCUUAGCAGCGCUAAAACUGCUGAGCUUCCAGUUGAAGGAGGCCGUUGAAGCCACAUCAUCCUGCUCCUCCUCCUCCUCGUCUUCUUCUCCCAAUGCCUUCACUCUCGGUGGCCUCCUCUUUCAGCGAGCCUGGUUACAGGGCAUUCUGGUUUUGGUGCAUGACCAAGAGCGGUUGCUGAUUGAUGAUGGCACUGGAGUCAUCGAGCUCUCUCUCCCUAGCGAGUUUCGCCUCCGCCCCUGGAAAGCAGGAAUGUACGUGAUGGUUGUUGGAGCAUAUUCUGCGCGUGAAGGAGAGCUCCCUAUGAUUAAGGUUCACAAGAUGGUUGAUCUCUCAGCAUCUCCGGAUCGAGAGGCCAUGUGGUAUCUUGAAGUUCUUGAAGCCUACAGAUUGUUUUACAAACCAUUGAUCGAGGAGUAAAACUGGAUUGCCUUUUACUAUUGCUUUGAAAUUCCCUCACUCCUUCGUGUCCCAAAUAUGUGCAAUGCAUCUUAAUUUUACCAUCUAUCCCUGGACAAUGCAAUACUUUGACUUAAGUAAUGAAUUCGAGGUUCAUUCGAUUGCCCACAGCUGCAUCUAUUUAUCACUGUAAGUGCUUCUUCACCAACACACUGAAAUUAGAAUACUUAUGCUAGAAUACUCUCAUUGAUUUCUUCUUCUUUCUCGUUUUAUUUAUGUGGCUUCCGACAGAGCAUUUUAAGGUCCCAUGAGGAAUUCGACUAGGAAGCUUGGGAAUCUGAGGAGGUUCCUAGUUCUUUCUUGUCUCGAUUAUUUUCAGUGGCUUUAAUUGCUCAUGGGAUGAGAUGAAGCUGGUGGCGUUCUUGUCGGAGAACUAUGAAGUCUUGCAGAGAAUGGGAGCGAACUCUGAUCUUGUGGAGGAAACAACGAAGUAAGAAGAACACCAAAGGUAACAUAAAACGUUUUUCUGAUUUAUCGAGUAGAAUUCUCUGGAGAAGAAGAACGAUUUAGGAGUUUGAAUGUUCUGUUUUCGACCCGCUGCUAGAAUGUAAUUGGAUAUGAGAAAACAAGGAGGUGCUUCAACGUUUUGUUAUGGAGCUGAUUAUGACAAUGUGCCUCUUCUGAUCUGUUUUCAUUCUAU